AUGGCUAAAUAUCAUUUGUUAAUAAAUUCUAGGCCGCCGAUCAGUUUUUUUAGGAAACAUGCCAAGAAAAUUAUGGUAUUUAGUGCCCUGAUUUGCGUAUUCUAUCUGAUUUACGCUAGAGUCGAGAUAUCAAAACUCUCAAAACUUAAAGACAUCUCGGUCUCGAGAGCAUUAGAUUUAAUAACAGAAGUUAAAACUCUUCCUUUCGCUGAAGAGUCUGAAGACUCAUGGAAAGAACCAGAUAUAAAGGGCUCGAGAAUUUAUUCAGCGUACUUGGAAACGAGGAGUCAAGUAGUGCUUGAAGAAAAUCGUUACUUAAUCUAUAACGAUUCCACGUGGGCUUUUAUCCGCAUAGUUGGGAUCAUCCCAGUAAAUUUGAACUCUCCUUUGACUUGCUAUUACGAGUAUGCCUAUUCCGACAGGCCCCUCAGAAAGUUGGUGAUUAAAAAACCUUCGAUUAGAACCCAGUUGAUUGCGAAACCAGAAAAUUUUGGUAUGUACUACUCUGCUGCUUUUAUCCUCUGUCCUCUAGCUUACCCGGAAGAAGUGAGCUCGCGGAACAUAAAAUUGCCGUAUAGAGUGACAGUGUCAACAAGGGCCGAUCGUAGGGAUCACCAAAUUAAUGGCAAUGAAUUUGUUGUAAUAAGAUACCCGAAAAAAUGGUAUCAGUCGAGUAUUGAUCAUAAUGAAUUUCAACCCGCAAAAACAUUUUCGGUAUGCGUCAAGCCCUUUCAUCAUAAUUUCGAUAAAACGCUUGAUCUAGUCACAUUCAUUGAAUUCUACAAGCUGAUGGGAGUUAAUCACUUGACAUUCUACCGGGAUUCAGUAACAGAAAAUGUCGACAAAAUUUUGAACUACUAUGUCAAGCAGAAGGUAGUUACUUUACUAAAAUGGAAAUUGCCUGAAAUUUAUGUCUUCCAGAAAACGCUGAGAACUGAUGGUAUUUUUGCGGCACUAAAUGAUUGUCUGUAUCGGAACACGUUUCACGAGGCCAUGGAAUAUGUAAUAGGUGUCGAUGUAGAUGAGUACAUCGUGCCGAGAAUACAUCAAAAUUACAGCGAGAUGAUGGAAGUCCUCAACGCGGUUCCCGGCGAGGAAACAGGGGUUUGGAUCAUUAGAAAUGUCUUCUACUAUUUGAUGUAUGACGACGAUGUAGUUACUUUGCCGGGAGGGUCACCCAAGCUCACUUUGCACUUCAAAACUACGAGAUUGAAAGAAGCUAACCCUGUUUAUGAACGCAGCAAAUAUAUUGCUCAAGGAAAAAAUGUUGUAGAACUGGGAAAUCAUCGGGCGUGGAAGACUAAAAAAACAUGGUCAAUAUUUGGAACUCGAUACAAACAAGCCGAAGUAGACCCUAUUAUCGCAACUUCAAAUCACUACAGAUUUUGUGAAACUGAGAUUGAUAAAUGCUGGAAACGAGAAACGAUCAUAGACAGAACAGCUCAUAAAUUUACCGAAGAACUUAGUGACAGAGUUUCAAAAGUAUUAAAAGAAUUGAAUCUUGGACAAUAA